AUGAAAAUGGUGAACGGUAAGCAAGCCAUAAAGUUAAUUUUAUGUCUAAGUGUCGCCAUUUUUGUGUUAGAAAUGUACUCUUCUAUCAUACAACAUCAUCUUUUAAACGGAAAAUCAAUUUCCGGUGAACACGUUAGCAGGCGAUUCGCGGUUUUUGGUUGCUCCACGCCAAGUAAGUUAACUCACCGAGGAUUUGAUUACGCAUUUUACCUGCCUUUAAAUGUCAUGGCGUGGACGCGAAUCGGUUACGAAAGUUUAGUUCUAAUUAUCGGGGAAAAAACGGAGUGGCAAGCUCACCCAGUUCUAUCGUACAUCCUCGAUCAUCUUGCUAAACUUCCGGAUGCUACGGUGUUGUUCAUUCCGGCCAAGGUGGAAAAUCGAAUGAUGCUCAGCCAGGCAGUCAGGAUCUUCAUUGCUAACAUGGACGAUUUUCCAGGCAAACCGUCCGACUACAUCAUCACGACAGAUUCGGAUUUGUGGCCUCUGAAGAAAGAACAAUUCUUCCAGCCAGAGGGGAUCAACCGGCCGUUAACUCUGUGGCACAGCCAAUGCUGUCCCCCGUUCACAUUUGAUGGAAGAAGCUAUACAAUGUUGCCAAUGAGUCAUGUUGGAGCAAGUGCUGCAACAUGGAAGGAGAUUGUAAAUUUCAAUUCUUCUGUAGUGGCGAAGGAUUCAGCAAGCAUUUUGGAAUGCUACCAGCAAGUCUUUAGUGAACGAGUUCAUCAACCUGUAAUACACGGCUCGGACGAUUGGUACAUAGACCAAAAAUUUAUCAGCAUACGUGUCGAUCAAUGGAUUAAGCGACAGCAGGACGAAAAUUGCACGUACAGAGUAUCGGACCAGGGAUUGAGCCGGAUUGAUCGGAGUUCCUGGAAUCCGGGUAGUAUUCAACCCUCUGCGUUUCAAAAUUAUUAUGAUACACAUUUACCUUUGGAUGGAUUCAAAUCAACCGUAUGGGAAUCAAUUAAACCUCUUGUUCUUCUCAUGUACGGCGAAGGCUCAUUCCAAAUCGAGUGGUCCAACGCUUACGCAAAAGGGUUCGACGAACAGUUUAUCAAGUGGAAAUCAAGUACUUCAAAAUGAAUGUUCUAAAAUUUCAUUUUUUUGAAAUACAGAUUUUAAUAGCUACAAAA